AUGGUCAAAAAGAAGGGAAAAUCCAAGCGCUUGUCGCUGCACAAGAAGUACAAAAUCGCCCGCAAAGUGCGCGAGCACAAGCGCCAGGAGCGCAAAGCGGACGCGAAACACGGUCAUGGCUCGACGAAGAAGAAGAAAGACCCGGGGAUCCCCAACAACUGGCCGUUCAAAGAGGAGCUGCUGCUGCAAGUGGAGCAAGCGCGACUCGCCGAGAUUGAUGCCCAGCGACAGGCUCAGCAGCAGCGCAAAGACGACAAGAAGAAGGCCAAGCUACGCGCUCAGCUGACUCGCUGCAGUGCCAAUGCCGCGGUGUCCGUGACGCCGUUGAGCGUUGAGCUGCAGGCCAAGAAGGACCUCAAACAUGCUGUCCAAACCGCAGACGUAGUGCUGAUUGUACUGGACGCACGGGAUCCUCAAGGCUGUCGCUCGCUCUCGCUGGAGGACGGUCUUGUGGCCAAAGGACACAAGAAGAUCGUGCUUGUGCUCAACAAAGUGGACCUCAUCUCAUCCGAGACGGCUCAGAAAUGGGUUGCGUACUUGCGUCGCUUCCACCCGACGAUCCCCGUGCGGGCAUUGAACGCCAAAGUCUCGGACAGCUCGAAGAAGACGAGGCAGGAGAAGGGCCACAAGGCGCUCUACGAUCGUCAGCAGGAGAUCAGCGGCAUGCGGGACAAUGGAGACGUGGAGCCACUUCGGACAUUCCUCAACGCACUGGCCCAUUGCACCGAUGAGCCUGCGCGCGUGGCAGUUAUUGGGUACCCGAAUGUGGGCAAGAGCACGCUUAUCAACUCGCUUAAGCGUAAACAGGUCGUCAAUGUCUCGAGCAGUCCGCAGUCAACCAAGACGGCGCAGGAAGUACGUUAUAGUGACAAGAUUGUGCUGGUGGAUUGUCCAGCGCUGGAUCCGGACUACAGCGACGAGUCAGCUGUUAUCAUGCGUCAUGGCAUUGCUGGUGUGUUUGUUGAAGACCCUGUACCCGUUGUGAAGAGCGUGAUCGAGCGCGGUGAUGCCAUGAACUUGAUGCAGACACUCCAAAUUCCAGUCUUCCGGCAUUAUGAAGAGUUCCUCACGAAGCUAGCGAUCAAGCGCAGUCUCUUUCGCAAGGGUGGCGAACCGGACAUCCUUAUGGUAGCUCGAACGUUCUUGCAGAACCUUGGCAAGUACGUACACAGUCCUUCGUGCCUGCCACCCGCCAAGUCCAAGUCAAGAUUUGAGCUGCCCGACUGGUUCAAGAAGAUGGAUCUUGCCCAGCUUCCUGAAGCUGAAUCGGGGCUGUACAGCUCCAGCCUAACUGGUCACAAGCGCGUCCUGAUCUUCAAAGCAGCUCCUAUCGCUCAUGCUGCAGGUGAUACCACGGAAUACGACCUCAUCAUGGGUGAGCUGCCGGAAAAUGACGGCCUCACUUCGGAAGACGAAGAUAACGAUGACGAUGCCGAUAUGGACGAAGAGGGAGAGGAAGAGAUGAAUGGCGAGGAAGAGGAAUAA